GUAGUGACGUCACAUCGAAAUGCGGAAGUAGCUCGGUGCUGCUCAGGCUGAUUUGUUUUGUUUGUUAUCCACGGAACAAAUAGAUAUUUUUUGUUUGUUUGUUUGUUUUAAAUAUAAAUUCAGUUAAAUGUAUAUAUAAAUAAAUCACCUGAAAGAUGUCACAGGACCUGUGGUUACAGAAUUAUGACGCAACAUGCCGACUCGCCCAGGAGAUCGCUGAAAACAUCCACGAGAGAAACCGACAGCAGAGAACCGGCGGGAACCCGGCCAAGCUGAACAUGACCCUGCGAGCGUCUCUGCAGAAACUGAAGCAGAACAUCACACAGCUGAGGGAGACACUCGCUCGAGCCGCAUCCCAGCGCCGCGUCAUGCAGAGUGAAGCGGACCGGCGGCAGAACCUGGUGGACGAUUUGGUGACGAGGGAGAAGCAGCUGUUCACCUCGUUUAGCCGAGACCCGAGCGCGCCGGAACCGUCACGGGCGACACUGCUGACAGGAGGAUUUGGGGCGGAGCCUGCACAGAAUCCGUGGCUGGUCAACGAAUCAGAGGACACGAGAGGACUGACGUUCAAUGAGAUCAAAGAGCAGCAGCAACGCGUCAUUCAGGCUCAGGAUGAAGGGCUGGACGUAUUAGCAGAUGUGAUCAGCAGACAGAAGCGAAUGGGACAGGAGAUUGGAAAUGAACUGGAUGAACAAAACGAGAUCGUCGAUGACAUCACGCAGCUGGUGGACACGACGGACAGCCGCAUCCGCAACCAGACGCGCCGAGUCCAACUGGUGGAGACCAAAUCAGCUUCCUGUGGUAUGAUGGUGGUGAUCGUGUUGCUGCUCAUUGCCAUCGUGGUUGUUGCUGCUUGGCCGACAUGAACUGACAUGAAAUGAUGGACGUGCACAGCUGUGAAACACACACACACACACACACUCUCAAACACACACACACACUCUCAAACACACACACACACACACACUCUCAAACACACACACACACACAUACACACACUUCAUUUAAUUUAAUUUUUUGACUGUGCUAGUGUUUCAUUUUUUUUUUUUUUUAAACAAACUGUUGAAGAAAAUCACUGUUUCCCAGGGUAUAAAAUUCUAAGACACACACACUCACUCUCUUUCUCUCAAACACAUACACACACACACACACACACACUCUCUCUCUCAGACACAUACACACACUCUCUCAAACACACACACACACACACACACACACACACACAACCUGCAGUGUUUUAGAACAUCUCAUUACUGUAAGCAUUAAUUAAGCCAAAAUUUCUAAUAAACAAACCUUGAACAAUCUA